GAGCAGCGCUGGGGCUUCGGCCUGGAGGAGCUGUACGGCCUGGCGCUGCGCUUCUUCAGAGAAAAAGAUGGCAAAGCGUUCCAUCCAACUUACGAAGAAAAACUGAAGCUUGUGGCACUGCAUAAGCAGGUUCUUAUGGGCCCAUAUAAUCCAGACACUUGUCCUGAGGUUGGAUUCUUUGAUGUGUUGGGAAAUGACAGGAGGAGAGAAUGGGCAGCCCUGGGGAACAUGUCUAAAGAGGAUGCCAUGGUAGAGUUUGUCAAACUCCUGAAUAGGUGUUGCCAUCUGUUUUCAACGUAUGUUGCAUCCCACAAAAUAGAAAAGGAAGAGCAAGAAAAAAAAAGGAAGGAGGAGGAGGAGCGAAGGCGGCGUGAAGAGGAAGAAAGAGAACGUCUGCAAAAGGAGGAGGAGAGACGUAGGAAAGAGGAGGAGGAAAGGCUGCGACGGGAGGAAGAAGAGAGGCGACGAAUAGAAGAAGAAAGGCUUCGGUUGGAGCAGCAAAAGCAGCAGAUAAUGGCAGCUUUAAACUCGCAGACUGCCGUGCAGUUCCAGCAGUACGCGGCCCAGCAGUAUCCAGGGAACUACGAACAACAGCAAAUUCUCAUCCGCCAGUUGCAGGAGCAGCACUAUCAGCAGUAUAUGCAGCAGUUGUACCAAGUCCAGCUUGCACAGCAACAGGCAGCAUUACAGAAACAGCAGGAAGUAGUAGUGGCUGGGGCUUCUUUGGCUACAUCAUCAAAAGUGAAUGCAGCUGUACCAAGUGAUAUGACGUCAGUUAAUGGACAGACCAAAACCCACACUGAUAACUCUGAAAAAGAACUUGAACAAGAAGCCGCAGAAGAAGCCUUGGAGAAUGGACCAAAAGAAUCUCUUCCAGUAAUAGCAGCUCCUUCCAUGUGGACGCGACCCCAGAUCAAAGACUUUAAAGAGAAGAUUCGGCAGGAUGCAGAUUCGGUGAUUACAGUGGGCAGAGGAGAAGUGGUCACCGUUCGAGUACCCACUCACGAAGAAGGAUCGUAUCUCUUUUGGGAAUUUGCAACAGACAAUUAUGACAUUGGGUUUGGGGUGUAUUUUGAAUGGACAGACUCUCCAAACACUGCUGUCAGCGUGCAUGUCAGUGAGUCCAGUGACGACGACGAGGAGGAGGAAGAAAACACCACUUGUGAAGAGAAAGCCAAAAAGAAUGCCAGCAAACCUCUGCUGGAUGAGAUUGUGCCUGUGUACCGACGGGACUGUCAUGAGGAAGUGUAUGCCGGCAGCCACCAAUACCCAGGGAGAGGAGUCUAUCUCCUCAAAUUUGACAACUCCUACUCUUUGUGGAGGUCAAAAUCCGUCUACUACAGAGUCUAUUAUACUAGAUAAAGAUGUUGUUACAGAAUCUGGAGUCUAGGGUUGGGCAGAAGAUGGCAUUUAAUUUGGAAAUUUCUUUUGACUGUUGUGGAGCACUGGAGUCAGUGCUUACACUGUUGAUUUUGGUCUGAUAGUUUGUGAACUCUUUUUGGGAAUCAGAAUUUCCCUGAGACUCUUUAGCAUUAAUACUUUGGGGUCAAAAGGGAUUCCUCAGACUCAUCCAGCCCUUGGGUGCUGACCAGCAGAGUUACCAGUGGAUGCUGAAGUUACAUGAACUAUGUGUUAAAUAUGUAAAGUCUCCAAAAUAAAACAUCCCAGUGUUGACCUGCC